CUGUGGCGGGAUGAUUUGGUUUCGUGAGCGGAGACGAUUUUAAAUAUGCGUAUUUUUUUUCCUAGCGAUUGCGGCAGUUUUUAGGGAGUGCCUGACAUGCCAGGGCCAGAAGCGUGAGGGGCACCGCGGCAGUGAAAUAUCAACUGCCUUUUGUUGACUGUAGCGAAGCGAGUGAGUAAUUAACUGACGCCCAGAUUAGAGCCACGACCGGCUCGCGUCUAAUUGCCACGUCUUUGGAGGGAGACCCUGCUCAGCCGUCAUGGAAAGGGGGCCACCGCUUCCCGGCCGAGGGAAGGCCAGAGAGCAUAACUCGCUUCGUAGGAACCCUGUGGCGAGAGAAAGCGGCCUUGGGUGGGAACAGCCACCGCCAGGCGACGGAGCCAGCAGCAAAAAACCCAAAUUUCACUUAAGCAUCAAGACACUGACAGAUGAUGUGUUUGAUAGAUUUUCCAGCAUACGGAUACCAGGCAGCAAAAAAGAUAGACCGAAUGUACUUCAUCUGAAACAACUGCAUUCCUUGACUAGUGAUUGGUCUACUUCUGCAGAUGUAGAUAACUUUGUCCAUAAACCUUUGUCGGAGACAGAGAUACUUGCACUGUUCGAAAAAAUGAUGGAAGAUAUGAAUUUAAAUGAAGAUAGAAAAGUUCCAUUGAGAGAAAAAGAUGUUGCUACCAAAAAGGAGAUGGUUAUACAGUAUAUGAAUACUGCUUCUACUGUGGGAUAUCUCAAAAACCACAAACAGAUUUCACCGCAGGAAUUCGUAUACGAAUUGAAAGCUGGAACAGCUGAUGAAAAACUUGUCAGUUGCUUAGAAUCCCUUCGUGUAUCUUUGACCAGUAACCCUAUCAGCUGGGUUGAGAAUUUUGGACAUGACGGUCUUGGAUUAUUAUUGGACAUUUUGGAGAGGCUGCUUGAAACAAAACAUCAUGACAUCAUUCUGAAGAAGAUCCAGCAUAAGAUCAUACAAUGCUUGAAAGCUUUUAUGAAUAACAAGUAUGGUUUGGAGAGAAUAAUGAGUGAACAGAGAAGCUUUUUAUUACUGGCUGAAGCAGUUGAUCCUAAACAAAUUAAUAUGAUGACUGAUGUAGUUAAACUUCUUUCUGCAAUGUGCAUUGUUGGAGAUGAAAAUGUCCUUGAAAAAAUUUUGGAAGCCCUGACUACAGCAGCAGAAGAGAGAAAUAUUGAUAGAUUUCGUCCCAUUGUGGAAGGCCUUCAGGGGAAUUCAGUACAUUUGCAAAUAGCUUGUAUGCAGCUCAUCAAUGCACUGGUUACAUCUCCUGAUGAUUUGGACUUCAGGCUCCACAUCAGAAAUGAAUUUAUGCGCUGUGGAUUGAAAGAGCAAUUACCAAAAUUAAACUGCAUAAUGAAUGAUGCUUUGGAUAUCCAGCUAAAGGUGUUCAGUGAACACACAGAUGAAGACAUGAUAGAAUUUUCUCAUCGUUUGGACGAUAUCCGAUUGGAAAUAGAUGAAGUGAAUGAAGUCUACAACGCAGUGUGGAACACAGUUAAGGACACAAGUGCAGAACGUUCUUUCCUUUCUAUACUUCAGCAUCUCUUGCUGAUACGAAAUGACUAUUAUGUACGACCUUUAUAUUUCAAGUUAAUUGAAGAAUGUGUUUCACAGAUAGUCUUACACCGAAAUGGAGUAGAUCCAGAUUUUAGUUAUCGUAAAAGAUUGGAUAUGGACUUCAGUCAUUUAGUGGAUAUCUGUGUUGAACAAAACAAAAUAGAAGAACUUGAAGAGAGAGCUUCAGAAUUCUUGAAAAAGUUUGAAAAUGAAUUCUUAGCUCAUCAAGAAACAAAGGCACAACUUCAGAAAACUGAAGAAAAAAUCAGAUACCUUGAGGCAGAAAAACAAGUUUAUAAAUGUGAGAUUGGCUCUGUAAAGAAUGACACAUUUCUCAGAGGAAAUGCAGAUCCUUCAUCAGCUGCUGUAUCACCUGAUUUGCUGUCAGUCACUGGAGUUGUGCCACCUCCCCCCCCACCUCCAUUACCACCUUCAUUUACCAGUGGCUCAGGAAAAAUGGCUCCCUUUGGUGUCCCUCCUCCUCCUCCUCCUCCUCCACUGCAGGGACUACUUGAAACACAGUGCUCCCCUCAUGUUCUGCCUUUUGGACUGAAGCCUAAAAAAGAGUUCAAAUGUGAAGUCACUAUGAAAAGAUUCAACUGGUCCAAGAUCAGUCCACAUGAAAUGAAUGAGAACUGUUUCUGGAUAACAGCAAAUGAUGGCAAAUAUGAAGAUGCUGAUCUGCUCUGCAAAUUGGAACUUACAUUCUCUUGUCAAAAGAAUGUAAAAAAGGAUGAAGCUCUUGAAGAAAAGAAGCCUAUUAAAAAACGAAUCAAAGAACUUAAAAUUUUGGAUCCAAAGAUUGCCCAAAAUCUUUCUAUCUACCUUGGUUCUUUUCGGGUGUCUUAUGAAGAAAUAAAAAGGAUGAUACUGGAAAUAGAUGAAGCCCAGCUUUCAGAGUCCAUGGUUCAGAAUUUAAUAAAGCAUCUUCCUGAACAAAAACAGCUUGAUGAAUUGUCCAAGUUGAAGAGUGAAUAUAAGAACUUGUCAGAACCAGAGCAGUUUGCUAUUGUUAUGAGCAACGUGAAGAGGCUGAAGUCACGGUUGAGUGCAAUUCUUUUUAAGCUUCAAUUUGAGGAACAGGUGAAUAGCAUCAAACAUGACAUCAUGGCUGUCAGUGUUUCAUGUGAAGAGAUAAAGAAGAGCAGGAAUUUCAGUCAGCUUCUUGAGUUAGUGUUACUAAUGGGAAACUAUAUGAAUGCAGGAUCUCGAAAUGCACAUACUUUUGGAUUUAACCUCUCUUCCUUAUGUAAGUUAAAGGAUACCAAAUCAGCUGAUCAGAAGACAACCUUGCUUCAUUUUCUGGUUGAAAUAUGUGAAAACAAUUAUCCUACUCUGCUGAGCUUUGUUGAUGACCUGCAGCACUUAGACAAAGCAAGUAGAGUUUCAGUAGAAAACUUGGAGAAGAACCUAAAGCAAAUGGAAAGGCAGCUUAAACAACUUGAGAGGGAUCUGGAGACCUUUCCCCUGUCAGAAGAUAAUCAUGACAAAUUUGUGACAAAGAUGUCCACCUUUGCAAUUCAAGCAAAGCAGGAAUUCCAGAAACUUGUUAGGUUGCAUGACAAUAUGGAAAAACUCUAUCGAAAUGUGAUGGACUAUUAUGCUGUUGAUUUGAAGAAGGUUUCAGUGGAGGAAUUUCUAAUGGAUUUGAAUAACUUCAGAACAAUGUUCAUGCAAGUGGCAAAGGAUAAUAAGAGAAGAAAAGAAGUAGAAGAAAAGCAGAAGCAGAAGCAUGCCAUGAUUGCUAGAGAAAAGGCAGAAAAGGAAAUACUAGCAAGACAACAAAAGAAGCAUUUGUUAGAAAUGAAAACAGAGUGCGAUGAAACAGGAGUGAUGGAUAGUCUACUGGAGGCGUUGCAGUCAGGUGCUGCUUUCCGAGAUCGAAGAAAACGAGCAGCAAGGUUUAAAG